AAGGAUAAGUCCAGACGCAACGAAAAACAAAAGCUCACCUAAAAGAGAGUAGACAAGCUUAUAGCGUUCACUAGCGAGAAAAAAAAGUCGAAAAAUAAUGAAUAUAAAAAGUGGGCGUAUCCUGACUUAGGAAAUGAUGAAGACACUUAAGCGUGCCGGGGCGGCCUCGGAUCAGGUGAAUCAUGCUGAUGAGCUCCUCUCAGAAGGAAUUCGUCAACGAGGCGCAGCUGAUUCGAGGCAUGCCCCUGGUGCGAAGCAGAUGGGACGGAGACCCGACUUUCUAGGCGCAGGCCCUCAGGCACCGUCUCCUGCCUAGGCUUGGCGGAAGGCGGAGAAGAUGACCUUUCUUCCUCAGCGUCCUCGGAUUCGAGCGAGAAUAGAACAAGAGAGGAAGGCUGACAUUAGCGGAGAGAAAGGAGGCAGGUUUGUGGACCCCGCCUGAAGAGGCGGCAGCUGCGUGCUGCGUAUCCCAGCAGCAACUCGAUCACUGGACUGCUAUAGCUAAGGAGCAGAAGCGUCCCUAUGGGUGGGCUACGUACAUGGCCGCGAGACUCGACACAGUCAUGCCUCUCGCAGAUCAUCGCGCAGGUAAAGGCCGGUGGCUACGACAGACAGAACCAGGCUUACACUCGUACAGUUGGACUGCAUAUAGGAAGCUGUUCUGCUUCUGUGCAGCAGGAGGCUAUAGUGCUUGGACCUCGGAGAAUAGAAAGAAGUGCAAGUACCUCAGUAAAAACGAAGGGCUAGCUUCUGAACAAGCGGCUCGCGCAGUUGUGCCUGGGUUUGACGACUUGACGGAGAAGGACAAGAACAAGAAGAGAAAAGAAGUAGAGGAGGCCUACAAGUUUAGUGCAGUUAGUGUUAUUCUGGCUAGUGCUAGUGUGAAAUGAAAAGUAAAAAUGAACGAGAGAGCCGGCGAGGCCUAUAGAUCCCCUGAAAAGGUAGCCUCCCCUGUUAAC